CCUGACCAAAGGUUCUGUAAUAUAUAAUAUAUGACAGUGUUCUUCUGAUUGUAUCACCUGUUUAUGCUUCCGUUAAGGAGUAUACUACUGAACUAUGUCCUCUACAUUCAGUUGUGUUCGCAAGAUUUCAAAGGUACACGUCUGUCAGCUGUGGUGAGCUUUAUGGACAAUAACUGUGUGGUGGGUGAGAAUAAGAGAACUGUACCUGAGUCAAAGAUGUCGGUUUGUGAGCGAAUUAAAUUGGAAGGGAUUGAUGUGAUCCCGGCACGUGUUGAAGGCAUGGCCGACGUGUACCAGUCGCCGAGAUUUGUUCUGUGCAAACCCAGAUGGAUCGCCGAUGAAGAGGUGACUGUGUGCGUGCUGUGUAGUAACAAGUUUAACCAACUGCGUCGAAAACAUCACUGUCGGCAGUGCGGUCGAGUUCUCUGCAGCAAAUGUUGUCACGAAAAGAUACCUAUGCCACAACUAGGAGUAGAAGAGUCGGAAAGGGUGUGCGAAUCAUGUCGACCAAUCACAGAACUUGUAACAAAAUCGCGAUCGAAAAUUGAUAGUUUUUUGUUGGAAGCUGCCUCAGGGCUGUGUAAAAGAUGUCAAGAUCCUUUGUUUAUAAAACGGGUGGUGGAGCUGGGAGGGAUACAGACGCUGGUCGCACUUGGCUCGGUGGACGAUGCCAACAUUUUGAGACCGGUUCUGGAUGGUCUACACACACUGUCUACCCACCAGCCACUGCACCAUGUCCUGGCCGAGUCUGGAGCUAUCAAGACAGUCUGCAGUAUUCUAGGGAAGGUGACGGAGUCGCAGGAACAACUGCUCAUUGAUGGAAUCAGCUCCCUCAGGAUAUUCUGCAAGUCAGCCGACCUCAAAACAAAAGCACUGAGUGAUGGCGCGCUAAGGCCGAUUCUGAAACUGUGCACAUACCAAAGUGAGGCCAUCGCACUGCUAGCUCUCAGCACUCUCAGCCUCAUUGUCGAACAUCCAGAUACCCAUGAUGCAAUAGUGGACAACGCAUUGAAGGCUCUUCCCAGGAUCCUCGCACUCACAAUGUCGUCAGACGAACAGACACAGGAAGUGGCUCUUAAAACAUUGGCCUACUUGUCGUGUGGUUCCACUUGGCACAGACAUCGUAUUGUACAGGAGGACUUCUCAUCUGGAGAUUGUCUUCAAAACGCUCUUCAGCGACAGUCAAGAAACCCCCAGAUUAUGUGCAACACAGCCUGUCUGGUGGCCAACCUGGCUACUAACACUGAUGAUCAGACCAGUCUUCAGCCACUGAUGAGUUGCCUGUGUGAAACACUCAAGUCAGGAGUCACCCACGCAGAUUUACUCUGUCACAUCAGUCGGGGAAUAGCCAACUUUGCCAAGUUCAAGCAGAAUGCCAACAUCCUGAAAGUUUACAUUCCUGUGAUAGUGAAGUCGUGUGUAAAAUCCUCGGUUCCUGUUGUUCGAGCCAAUGGAAUGCGAGCCAUUCUGUCCCUGCUGACAUUCGAGCCUUCAGAAACAACAACAGAACUUAUGAGAGAUGGAGCUGGUGACUUUCUACAGGGAAUGGGCAAGAUUCCGGGUUUAAUCGGCUCCGUCCAGUCCUCUCUGCUGGAACACGCCCCAGCACGGGUGAAGCCCAUGUGAUAGUCGGCUGUGUUAAACUUCAGUGCACUUCCUCAAUCAUCACAUGGGGCAGGUUGGGGGGUGGGCCAACAGGCAAUAUAUAGACAAUACUCCCCGAGUUUCUUCAAACUUGUGAUAUCAUAAAUUAUCAGCAUGAGUUGAUCCGAGGCUUGCCAAGGAUUUUUAUAUUUUUAUCAAUGAGUGCUGAUAAAUUAUGUUAUCACAAGA